AUGGCGUCCGCGGGGGCGAUAUGGGGCCCAGAUGCCCUGCGUCUCCUCCGAGUCGCCGUGUCUAGGACCACAGCCGUGGUCCGGGACAAGCUCGCCAAUGCGGCGAGGCCGUUUCAGAACCAAGCAGUUCAACCAAUUCCUGUGUCGGCCAAAGGCGGUCGACAAUCCAUUCACCCAGCGAACCUCGUUAAACAACAGGCACGAGGAACCCGAGGCUUCUCCACCAACGCGGCGAAGAAUGCAAACAAGGUUGUCCGACGAUACCUCAGCUCCGAGAGCAGUGCUCCUCGACUGGAUCGAUCCAAGCUCCCGAGCUCCAACACUUCCCGCCAAGUUGCUCAGUUCUCCGGCCGAGCACCUUUUGCGAGUGCUCUGCGACCCAAUUUGACGGGCGGAGCUAUGCCCCGAACUGCCGGUGGCUAUAGCUUGGGCGGAGGUGCCCGAUACUUCUCUCAUACGCCCACGGCCCCUGCCCAGGUCGUACAGAACGUCUCUCAGGCAAUGAGGGCCUUUUUCCUUUCGGGACAACGAAUCCGAUAUGAUGGAACAGGACCACGGGGUGAGGCUCAGUACCGGGCCGUAUCCGUACUCGAGGAUGAGGCUAUGCGUAAGCUGGCUGCCAUCCCCAAGUUUGCUCCUGGCGCCUAUGUCGACUUUCAACUGAGCCCAACCAUCACGGCUAUGAGCCCUCUUGCUGCCGCUCUUGUCCAGGCUUCUGGCGCCUCUGGCUUCCAGGCUGAGGCCGCUAUCCCAAGCCUCAACACCGAGGGAUUCCUCGAUGUCCUGUCUGCAGAUUUCGGCCGUGCUUUGAAAGAUCUGACGGCCAUUUAUGCCGACCUUGAGCGUCUCUCAUCCUUGGGUGAUUUGCCGAUAUCCCUAGAAUCUGGCAAUUUGCUCAGAGUCCGAUUUCCGGGUGUUGAUGUUGAAACAGUCGAGCGGCUGUGCGAUGACAUUGGCAUCCAAAGGGGCAUUGUCAGCCAAGACAUCGGUUUUGAGAGCACCGGUGGCGUUAGAACGGCACUCAAAUUUCCUUUUGCACCAGACACUGAAAAGGCCUUGACGUCCCCUGGAGGGUCGGAGGGGUCUUUGGAGGGAAAUGAGUUGGAUGAUAUAUCCUCGCUCGGCGAUGAAUCUUUCGUCCAUGAAGCAUUCGCCUAUGAAAAUUCGGAGGAUCCCUGGUGUUCAGAGACGGACGGUUAUGAAAGCAUGUCGCCUCCGACCAAGUCGGAGCAGCACUCUGAGGAGUAUGAGGGCCUGGAAGGCAUCUAUCGAUUUCUCGAGGAAUGCGAAAAGGCCAAGGGUAGACUGGGUUGA